AUGGCUACCACUGACCGAGACGUUGAAAUGGCCAGCUAUCACUACAGCUCCUCGCCAGAACUUUCCUCACUGCCUUCCGACUCUCCCUCCGAUCCAGGAUCCCCUUCCCGACUGGAACAGCAACGUGCCGGCCUCAGCCAAAGAAACGAAAUUGUUGUCGACGCCACUUCCACCACGAGAUUCCCGCCAACACAAUCCCAACAAGCUGUGCAACUGCAACCAUUCUCGGCAGAGGGUGUACGCCUCACAAAAGAUGGCAUACCACGGAAAAAGCCAGGUCGCAAGCCAGGCACAACCGUGAAGAAGGCGGGCGACGUCACGGCGCCUUCCGCCGGCGCUGCUGCUGCUGCUGCUGUUGGUGCUGGGUCUGUCGUUGACGCAGCUAAGCCACGACGAGUGCGGAAACUCCAAAACUCCAAUGCACCGCCAGUUUCAAGGAAGAAGCGCGCGCAGCCCUCCUCGGCACCUGUUUCGGAAGCUGGUGCGCCGCGAUCACUCUCGGCUCUCCCCUUUCCUCCAAAAAUCGAGUUGACAUCUAUGCGCAUGGAUAUCGACUCUCGAUCACCCCCAGCACCUAUGGCAAUCCCGAUCCCAUCGUCAGUGCCCCAACAGCCUCGGCAGCCGCCAUUGGCUGUGGUUGGCAAACUGCCCAAACGCGAUGCCAUACCGAACUCGAUGCAGAGCAUUCUCAACUCCGACUCGCCCCCGCGUGUGUCGCCGCCCGCAGCUCCGACAGCCACGACUCCUCUGCGCUCCCGCUACGAUCCAGUGCGCUCCUCAUAUGAUCCCGUUCGCGGGACUGUGGUGCCCCAUCAUACCUACGGCACAGGCCCGUUGGGCUCGCCGCAUGGCCCAACACAGGGGCCUAAUCGAGCAAGCGCAUCGCCUUCGAUUGCAAGCCUCGUUGACCCUAAUCCCGAACCGCAUACGCGCUCUUCAGCCGCGACUUCACUGUCCCGCCAUCAUUCACCGCCCAGCUACAACACGUCCGCCACAACCUCGAGUACCAACGCCCAACCUCCGUGCCGCGACAGUAUCUCUUCUCUACCUCCAUCGCCGUCUGCUUCGCCUGGCAUUCUCAACUCUCUGGCAUCUACCUCUUCUCAAUCUCAGCCUACAUCGACAAAAGCAAAGACGGCAGCGCUAAUGGCAACAAAUUCCAUGCCAGCAUCGACAUCUUUAACGGCAACGGCGACAGCAACAGCGCCGGCGCCUAUCUACAAGUCGUCAUCGUCUACGUCCACGAAAGCCGCUCUGAAGAGCGAAUCUAACGGAAAACCUCAUGGUCGACCGCCACCGCCACCGCCAAUCCCUGCAGCUGCCAAGUCGACCUCCAAAUCUGCGUCAACCAAAACAGCCGCUCAGAAGACAUCCACCUCCAAGGCAUCUGCUGCUGCUGCUACUGCUACUGAAAACGGAACGGCAAAGUUAUCUGGCUCUGUGACUACAUCUAUUCGAGAUGUUACCAUGACAGGCCUGAGCUCAACGACGGCUGCCCAGUCUACUUCGUUAGCGCCGACGAUCAAAAAGUUCUCUCCUAUAUUGCAGCAGGACCGGGGCAGCAAGCAAAACAAAGCAGCGGGCACUGCAUUAUCACCAAAAAUGACAGGAGUUAAGGAUGAUGCAACACUACAACCAGUUGCUCCAGAUGCUAUGUCUUCGCCUGAUAGCGGCAAUGCCAGUACGAACAAUGAACCGGAACGCUCGAUUCUAGACUUUGGCAAAGCCCGACCUGGCGAAGAGAUGCAAGCCCCCUCCAUCGUCCUCCACAUUCCGCUUACCAGCGGCGAGAACAACAAGUACGUAAACUUUAUGCGGAUGGCUGAAGACCAUUAUGGCUGGGAUGCUCUGCAUCCCCGGUUAGCCGCACACCGCGAUCGGAAGGCACGUAUCGCUGCAGCUUCAGCUGCCUUGGAAAGAAACGGAUCUGGCCGAGAGUCGGGCGACGAAAUGACCGACGACAUGCAAUCCGGCGAUGAAGGGAGCAACGACGACAAUGGUUUGAUUGGGGAAAACUCGAUUAUUAGCAUCGGGGGUGGGGGGGCUGAAGAUGCCCCUGCUAAACCGGUCCGCAAGAAGCGCAUGUUCAAGGAGGACGAGUACGACAAAGACGAUGACUUUGUCGACGACUCGGAGAUGUUAUGGGAGGAGCAGGCGGCCGCCAGCCGCGACGGUUUCUUUGUAUAUUCGGGUCCGUUGGUGCCUGAAGAAGAGAAGCCAGACGAAGGAUCUGCGCCUCCCACCAAACGGGGACGCGGUGGACGUGGUAGCCGAGGUGGGGCUGGUCGAACGACAGCUGCACGAUCCGCAGGUACUCGGAGCAAUGGUACAUCUGGCGCCCGCAGCUCAGCGCCCGCACGCAAACCCAGGGCCACCAAACAGGAGAAAGAGCAGCGCGAGCGCGAAAAGGCAGACAACGACAAGGCAACUCAUUUGGCGGCUUCAAAGGCGGCCGCAAACAACUCCAUCGACCUCCGUCUAUCUCUUCCGUCUGUCAUGGCUGUAGACGCAUAG